UUGUGUGCGCGGCGGGACGGAGGGGGCUGCACUUUUUCUUUUUACUACACUUAGUCUGCCCCCCCCCCCCCCACAGAGGCCCCACAGAGGCCCCGCAGAGUGUGAGUGUGUGUGUGUGUGUGUGUGUGUGUGUGUGUGUGUGUGUGUGUGUGUUGUGGCAACCCCGAUCCAACGGAGGAGUUCGAGCCCCGCCAGCGCCCUCUCCGCGGGCAGGUAGUCAGGGGGAGAUAUGUGCCGCUCGGCGCAGCGAUGCGGGAGGGAGCAUCGAGCGCACCCGCGCAAUCACGGAGAUGCGGAGCACCCGGCGGAGCAAGACAGCGGAGGGGACUUAACGGCCGCGUGGACACCAGUCAGGGGAACGCGACCGAACGGGAAAGACGCAGUGGGUGGAGAUUACCCGAACCCCCGCUAAUGCCAAUACGCUUCCCCCCAGGACUAAGCCGCCGAAGACGCCGGGGAUCGAGACCCCGCCCCCCGCAGCAGGACCAGACCCGGCGCGGUGUCCUUUAUUCCCAGACCAGGAAGAACCUGAGUUCACUCCUUUGUUCCUUUUUUUGCAUGAGUGGUUAACCGAAAUAAACGAACGUUAACCUACGCCUUGUUUGGUCCAUCUCCCCUGGAAACCUCAGCCGCCGACGAUCGGGGUUGCCACAGUGGUGGAGAAUGCGGGCAACGCGAUCCUACGGCAGACCCUAGAGGACCAUGAGUCAACCCGGAGUCCCGGCCGCAACGCGGGAGGAGGAGAUCGAGGUGUUGCGGCGAUGCAUGGCCCGGAUGGCUGAGCAGCUCGCACGGGAGCCGUCUCACGCCGCCCCCACGAAGCGGCUCACCAAACUGGGACCGGACGAUGACGUUGAGGCAUACCUUGAGAUUUUUGAGCGGACCGCGGCCCGUGAGAGGUGGCCAGCGGACCAGUGGGGCUACAUACUGGCGCCUUUCCUGUCCGGGGACGCUCAACGCGCCUACCGCGACCUCAGCACGGCCCAGGCGGCGCACUACCCCACGCUCAAGCGGGCCAUCCUCGCCCACUACGGCCACAGCCUCCCAGCCCAGGCGCAGCGGUUCCACGACUGGGUGUACGACCCCCUGGGCUCGGUGAGGAGCCAGGUAUCACAACUCGUCCGCCUGGCGGAGCGGUGGCUCGUCGAGGGGGAGGGUCCCCCGCACCUGGACCGGCUGGUGAUCGACCGCUGCAUCCGAGCCCUGCCCACCGGGGCCAAACGCUGGGCCUCCGGAAACCAACCCAGGACGGUGAACGACCUCGUGGAGUUACUGGAGAACCACCAGGUCACCCAGCGGCUGUGCGGCGGGGUGACCCCGGCCCCGGGGGGGGCGGGGGAGACGCGGACCGAGCGGCGCGGACGGACGCCGGAGAGCCAGCGCACCCAGGCACCGCCCACCCGCGCACCCGCCUACCCGAACCAGACCAUCGCGGACCACCGAGGGCCCGCCCCUCCGACCCAGAGAGAGGAGUGGAGGUGCUACACGUGCGGCCAAACGGGCCACCUGGCUCGCCAUUGUCCCGGAGCCGGAGACGUAUCCAUGCCCACGGCCAGUCCGUCCGACAGGAGAGGGGGGGCCUGCCUCCGCACCACCUGCUGGUCCCACGAGAGGACCGACACCCCCAGCCUACCGGUCCGCGUGGGGAGGCACGACACCCACGCCCUGCUCGACUCCGGGAGCGUGGUUACGCUGGUCCGACCCGACCUGGCGGACGGGGCCCCCGGGGGGAGGAUCGACGUCGGCUGUAUCCACGGGCAGACCGAGUCCUACAGCACGAGGCAGAUCACAGUCCGGACCCCGAAGGGCACCUUCACGGUUCGGGCCGGGCUGGUCCCAAACCUCCCGAUGCCCCUCUUAAUCGGGCGGGACUGCCCGAUCUUCGCCCAACUGCUAGGGGCCGAGCUUCAGGCACCCCGACGCCGACCCCCUCGGACCCGACCCCGCCGGCUGCGUAGCCGGCCCGCCUAUAUGGCCUCCCACCCGACGCCUUCCCGGUCCGACUCGAACGAGUCCCCCGACAGGGCCCCGAGAGAGGCGGCACGACAUGCCCCCGCCUCGUCCACGGUGUCCCUUCCCCCGGGGACCCCGGACACGUUGACGGGCUCCGAGCAGGCCCCUCCGCCAGACGAGGAGGAGUCUCCGCCCCUCAUAGACUUCACCGACUACCCCCUGGCCGACGGGGGAGGACCCGACAAGGGAGGACAGUUCGCCACCGCCCAGCUGGAGGACGACGCCCUCCGCCACGCCUGGGGACACGUCCAGGUCCACGAGGGCCUCUCGCGGGACUCGGUGAGUGACAGGCGGUACCCACACUUCAGCACAAGGGGGGGGUUACUAUACCGGGUGGUACAGAGAGGGGGUAAGGAGGUAGAACAGCUGGUCGUUCCAAGGCCGUACGUAAGCAAGGUCCUCUACAUGGCCCAUACACACCUAUUGGGGGCUCACCUGGGGGUGGACAAGACGAGGGACAGAAUCCUGGACCGAUUUUUCUGGCCGGGGGUAAAACGGAACGUAGAGGACUACUGCCGGGCGUGCCCCGAGUGCCAACACACCGCCCCGAGGCCCACGGUCCGGAACCCCCUCAUACCGAUGCCGCUGAUAGAGGUCCCGUUCGACCGGCUGGGGCUAGACAUCGUAGGUCCCCUCCCCAAGACUAGUCGAGGUCACCGCUAUGUCCUAGUUAUGGUGGACUACGCCACGCGGUACCCAGAGGCAGUUCCUCUACGGGCCGCCACCGCCAAGGCAGUGGCGAGGGAGCUAAUGGUCUUAUUCAGCCGGGUGGGGAUCGUCCGGGAGAUCCUGACGGAUCAGGGGUCCUGUUUUAUGUCCCGGGUGUUGAAAGGCCUCACCAGUCUGUUACAGAUCCGCCACCUCCGGACCUCCGUCUACCAUCCCCAAACCGAUGGGUUGGUGGAGAGGUUUAACAAAACCCUGAAGUCCAUGUUAAAGAAGGUCAUGGAAGCCGAUGGGAAGAACUGGGACCAGCUGCUUCCGCAUGUCCUAUUCGCCGUUCGAGAGGUGCCCCAGGCCUCCACGGGAUUCUCGCCGUUCGAGCUCCUCUACGGCCGGCGACCAAGAGGGCUGCUCGACAUCGCCCGGGACGCCUGGGAGAGCCAACCAUCACCCCACCGCACCGUUGUCGAGCAUGUGGAGCAGAUGCGCGGCCGGAUGGCGCAGAUCUGGCCCGUGGUCCGGGAACACCUCGGUCGGGCCCAGCAAGCCCAAGCCCGGGUGUACAACCGAGGGGCCAAGCUCCGCACCUUCAACCCGGGGGACCAGGUGCUGGUCCUCGUCCCGACCGCUGAGUGUAAGUUCCUGGCCAAAUGGCAAGGCCCCUACGACGUCAUCGACCGCGUCGGCGAAGUCAACUACCGGGUGCGGCAACCGGGGAGGCGCAAGACCACCCAGGUCUACCACAUCAACCUGCUGAAGCAGUGGCACCCACCAACAGCCCUGCGGGAUCCAGCCCUCCUGUCCCUAUCCGCCCAACUACCCCUGCCCGAGGUACCAGUGGGGGACCAGCUGAGCCCCAGCCAGUCCCAGGACCUGAAGGAAGUGGUCCUCCAGCACCUCGAUGUCUUCUCGGAGCGGCCCGGAAGGACCGCGACCGUCAGCCAUGACAUCAAGACGGAACCGGGAGUCAGAGUCCGACUCCGGCCCUACCGCAUUCCGGAGGCACGGCGGGCCGCCAUCCGAGCGGAAGUCACCAGCAUGCUGCAGAUGGGGAUCAUCGAGGAGUCCCACAGCGCCUGGUCCAGCCCGGUGGUCCUGGUCCCCAAACCGGACGGGUCGUACCGCUUCUGCAAUGACUUCCGGAAGCUGAAUGAAGUGUCGGCCUUCGACGCCUACCCCAUGCCCCGCAUAGACGAGCUAAUAGAGCGGCUGGGGCCGGCCCGGUUCAUUACCACCCUGGACCUGACGAAGGGGUACUGGCAGGUCCCUCUCACUCAGCGGGCCCGGGAGAAGACAGCAUUUGCCACCCCCGACGGGCUGUACCAGUACACGGUCCUCCCGUUCGGGGUGCACGGGGCGCCCGCGACCUUCCAGCGCAUGAUGGACCGGGUCCUACGGGCCCACAGGGAAUAUGCCGCCGCCUACAUAGACGACAUCGUCAUCCACAGCAGCACCUGGGACCUGCACCUACAUCACCUCCGUGCCGUCCUGGGAGCGCUCCGAGCCGCCGGCCUCACGGCCAACCCUAAAAAGUGCCACCUGGGCCUCGAAGAGGCGUCCUACCUGGGCUACCGGGUGGGGAGGGGCAGCGUCAAACCGCAAGAGGAGAAGGUGCAGACCAUCCAGACCUGGCCCCGGCCGAGGACGAAGAAGCAGGUGAAGUCAUUCCUGGGACUGGUGGGAUAUUACCAGCGCUUCAUCCCGGCGUUCGCGACCCUGGCCAGCCCCCUCCACGAGUUGACGCGGAGGGCUCUGCCUGACCGGGUCGAGUGGACAGAGGAGGUCGACGAGGCGUUCUUGUCCCUCCGACGGGCCCUCUGCACCGAGCCCCUCCUGAUCACCCCGGACUUCAACCUCCCCUUCGUCGUCCACACCGACGCGUCCGAGGUGGGCCUGGGAGCGGUCUUAUCCCAGGUCCGGUCGGGCGAGGAGCACCCGGUGACCUACAUCAGCCGGAAACUCCUGGCCAGCGAGAAAGCCUACUCGACCGUAGAGAAGGAGGCGCUGGCUAUAAAGUGGACCGUGGAGAAGCUCCGCUAUUACCUCCUCGGACGCACCUUCACCCUGGUCACAGACCACGCCCCCCUGAAGUGGAUGGCCACGGCCAAGGACACCAACGCCCGGGUGACGCGCUGGUUCCUGGCCCUGCAGGACUACCACUUCCAGGUGGUCCACCGGCCCGGACGCGCACACGCCAACGCAGACGCACUGUCCCGGAGGGACGCCUGCCUAGGCCUAUGCCGGGCAGACCCCGACUUGCAGCUGAGGGGGGGGGUGUGUGGCAACCCCGAUCCAACGGAGGAGUUCGAGCCCCGCCAGCGCCCUCUCCGCGGGCAGGUAGUCAGGGGGAGAUAUGUGCCGCUUGGCGCAGCGAUGCGGGAGGGAGCAUCGAGCGCACCCGCGCAAUCACGGAGAUGCGGAGCACCCGGCGGAGCAAGACAGCGGAGGGGACUUAACGGCCGCGUGGACACCAGUCAGGGGAACGCGACCGAACGGGAAAGACGCAGUGGGUGGAGAUUACCUGAACCCCCGCUAAUGCCAAUACGCUUCCCCCCAGGACUAAGCCGCCGAAGACGCCGGGGAUCGAGACCCCGCCCCCCGCAGCAGGACCAGACCCGGCGCGGUGUCCUUUAUUCCCAGACCAGGAAGAACCUGAGUUCACUCCUUUGUUCCUUUUUUUGCAUGAGUGGUUAACCGAAAUAAACGAACGUUAACCUACGCCUUGUUUGGUCCAUCUCCCCUGGAAACCUCAGCCGCCGACGAUCGGGGUUGCCACAGUGUGUG